AUCUUGUUCGCGGACAUAUGCGGCUUUACCAGUCUGUCGGAUCAGUGCACCGCACAGGAACUUGUACGAUUACUCAAUGAAUUAUUUGCCAGGCUGGUGAGGGAGGUGAUGGGAGUGAACGUGGACAUGCGAGUUGGGAUCCACACCGGACGGGUGCACUGCGGCGUCCUCGGCCUGCGGAAGUGGCAGUUUGAUGUAUGGUCCAACGACGUCACCUUGGCCAACUACAUGGAGUCAGGCGGGAUACCUGGGUAA